AUGGAGAAUAAUAAGGGCAAGAAAAUAAUAAAUUCUAGAAAGAGCUCAAAGUUUCUCAAAGAAACGGAAUGCGAAAAGUGGAGGAAUUAUUUGUAAAUAUGUCCAUUUUUCUUCCUAGGCAAAGGAGAAGACAGGAGAAGUACUCUGUUUCCGUUUCACCCUUCAUUGAUCACCGCCUUCGAGAAAAAUGUCAGCUUAUUUGUGGAAAAGCUUCGACGAGGAUGAAGAUCGACCGGAGAAGCCUCGGCGAUCUGGAGUUACAGAGAUGAGAGGCCCUCAUUACACUCUUUCCACCCAAAAUGUUAUUCAGGAAAUUUUUGAGUCCGUGGGUCAAUUUGUCGAUGGGUUAAAAUUCUCCGGGGGUUCUCACAGCCUCUUGCCGAGGGAUUUUAUGAAAGAGGUGACGGAAAUGGCUCAUCGACAUGAUGUCUAUGUUAGUACGGGUGAUUGGGCGGAGCAUUUACUUCGUAAAGGUCCAUCGGGUUUCAAGGAGUAUGUGGAGGAAUGUAAGCUCUUGGGGUUUGACACGAUUGAACUCAACGUGGGAUCACUUGAUGUUCCUGAAGAAACUCUUCUGAGAUAUGUGCGCUUGAUUAAGAACGGUGGCCUUAGGGCGAAGCCUCAGUUUGCAGUGAAGUUCAACAAGUCUGACAUUCCCAUCACUGGCAAUCGAGCAUUUGGUGCUUAUAUUGUUCCAAAACCACGUUCUUCUGAAUUUGUAGAAGAUGUUGAUCUUUUGAUCAGAAGAGCUGAGAGAUGCCUAGAAGCAGGGGCAGACAUGAUAAUGAUUGAUGCAGACGAUGUCAGUAGACACGCGGAGUCUCUUAGAGCAGAUAUUAUUGCCAAGAUCAUUGGGCGCCUUGGUCUAGAGAAAACGAUGUUUGAAGCUUCGAAUCCCCAAACAUCAGAGUGGUUUAUCAACCACUAUGGCCCAAAGGUGAAUCUUUUUGUGGAUCACUCUCAAGUUAUGGAUCUGGAGUGCCUUCGGGGCCGCAACCUGGGUAAAAAUCAUUCAUCUAUUCUUGGUUCCUCCUACUUUCGGAUUUAAAGUUAAUGUGUGUCAACUCAGAGAUUAUGGUGGGUUCUAUAUACGAACUUCAAAAUGUAUUUCUUUACUUUUCUUUAAGUAAACGAAAGGGUUCCAUGGUGUGAAUAAAAUAACAUAGUUUCAA